AUGAUGAAACUAUUUGAUGCACACUGUCACCUGCAAGACCCCAGAAUCCUUGACAAGACACCUCAACUCAUUGCCACUGCCCUUGAUACUGGCAUACUCCGUUUUGCUGUUAAUGGGGUCUCCGAGAAAGAUUGGGACUUGGUUAAAGAGAUGGGUGAGAGCUAUCCGUCUGUCAUCCCCUGCUUUGGUCUCCAUCCCUGGUUUAUUGAGGAGAGGACUCCUAAUUGGUUCAACAAACUUAAAGAGUUGUUUGAGACCACUCCCUCUGCUGCUGUUGGAGAGAUUGGUUUGGACAAGGGUUCAUAUCGAAAGAAGAUUGAUUUCAAUGAUCAGGUUCAAGUAUUCCGCAGACAGCUUGAACUUGCAAAAGAGUUGAAUAAACCAGUAUCUGUCCACUGUGUUCGUGCUUUUGGUGAUCUUCUUGAGAUAAUGAAAAGUACAGGACCUUUCCCAGCUGGUGUCAUUCUUCAUUCUUUCCUUGGUUCUGCUGAGAUGGUUCCUGAGUUUGCCAAGCUUGGUGCUUACUUUUCAUUUUCUGGGUUUCUCAUGUCCAUGAAAAAACAGAAGGCAAUGAAAAUGCUGAAAGCGGUAUCUUCUGAUAGGAUUUUGUUGGAAACAGAUGCACCUGAUGCCCUGCCAAAUGCAGAUUUUGGUUCCUUGUUUCUGGUUGAUGGAGGUAUUUUUCAUCCUGAAAGGAUUCGUUCCGAAGGAGAAAAUUCUGCUUCAAAUGCUGACAGUCUCCAUGAUGAUGAUUCCCAUCCUUCGAAAGAUGCAUCAGCAUUGCCAAGAGAAACACCUAAUCAUCCUGCAAACAUUCACAAUGUCCUAAGUUAUGUCGCAUCCUUACUAGACACCACCAGAGAAGAACUUGCAGAACUGAGCUAUGCAAAUGCAGUACGUCUUUUCUCUUAUGAAGGUUCCAAGCUUCAAAAAUUACCUGCUGAUCACUUUGACGAUAUUGAUGUGAGUGACGAUAUCGACCGUGACCUUGAUACGGAGCUGGAGCUUCUAACUAGAUGA